UUAAUCAGAACCAGAUUCCUUAAUUCUCUCUUCGGAAACCAAACACAAGAGAAGCUACAGUGAACUUUCUUCCCUCUUUCCAUGAAAUUUCAUGGAAAUCAAGAUUCAGAUCAAUCCUAUAUAAACAAGUAGUGUUACGUAUACCUCCUCACUAGUGAAGCCAUACUUUUUGUUUUGAUAUAUUGUUCCUGCGUUGCUUGUUUCUUCUUAAUUCUGUGUUCUUGAUCAACUUAAAUAUUAUUUUUCUUUUUGAUUCUCAUGUCACUGAGGUCUCGAAAACCUGCUGGAGAACCAGCCAUCUCCGAUCAAGAAGAGUUUCCAACCCUGAAACCUUACAAGCGGAGGUGGCGGUUAGCUCUCACAGCCAUUUACUUCACCAGGGCUCUUACUUCACUUGCCAAGAAACUACAAACCGUUAACAAUUCCCAGUUGCUGCACUCCCUCUCGUUUGUAACCAUACACGUGCAACCCAAGAAUCAAGACGAUCGCAACAAUGCACCUGACAAAAAACACCUUCCUUUUGUCAACAUUGAUCAGAAAACGCUUGCUGACAUGGUGAAGGAAAAGAACCUUGAGCUUUUGAGUCAAUUUGGAGGGGUUCGAGAAUUGGCUGCAGUUCUUGAGACUGACAUGAAGGGUGGUGUUAGCGGCGCUGAGCCUGAUCUGAUACACAGAAAGAAUGUUUUUGGCACCAAUGAGUACCAGAAGCCGCCUGUGAAAGGGUUGCUGAGUUUCGUGCUUGAAGCUUUCAAGGACCCCACAAUUAUAAUACUUAUGGUAUGUGCAAUACUUUCCCUAGGGUUUGGUAUUAAACAGCAUGGCUUGAAAGAUGGGUGGUAUGACGGUGGCAGCAUCAUCGUUGCUGUAUUCUUGGUUGUUAUUGUAUCUGCACUUUCCAACUUUAAGCAGUCAAGACAAUUUGAAAAGCUUUCUUCGAAGAGCGAUGACAUACGUGUGGAAGUUGUGAGGGAUGGACUGCGCCGUCCUACAUCAAUCUUUGAUGUUGUGGUUGGUGAUCUUGUGUGUUUGAAGGUCGGUGAUCAGGUUCCAGCAGACGGUUUGUUCUUAGAAGGGCAUUCGUUGAAGGUGGAUGAGUCUAGCAUGACCGGAGAAAGCGACCACAUUAAGAUCAAUGAUAGAAGCAACCCUUUUCUUCUAUCAGGUACAAAGGUGACAGAUGGGUUUGGCUUGAUGAUUGUGACUUCUGUGGGCAUGAACACACUGUGGGGAGAGAUGAUGAGCUCGAUCAGCCGCGAUUUGGAUGAGCAAACACCUUUGCAAGUGCGCCUCAACAACCUGACUUCGUACAUUGGGAAGGUUGGUUUGGCAGUGGCUCUCCUUGUUCUUGUGGUUUCUCUAAUUCGUUAUUUCACAGGAAACACCGUAGAUGUCAGCGGAAAUAGGGAAUUUGGAGGCAGAAAGAUGAAGUUUGAUGAUGUGAUGAAUGGUGUUGUGGGGAUUGUAGCUGCAGCAAUUACCAUUGUCGUGGUGGCGAUUCCUGAAGGCCUGCCUCUGGCUGUUACUUUGACCUUGGCUUAUUCAAUGAAGAAAAUGAUGAAUGACAAUGCUUUGGUUCGGAAGCUGUCCGCUUGCGAGACAAUGGGAUCGGCAACAACAAUCUGCACAGACAAAACAGGUACUCUUACUUUAAAUAAGAUGAAGGUCACUGAGUUCUGGCUUGGUACACAAGUAAUGACCGAAGAGAAUAUCACUGAGAUAGCGCCUAAGGUCCUCCAUUUACUCCAAGAGGGUGUUGGUUUAAACACAACCGGAAGUAUUUGUCAACCAAAUUCUUCAUUCCCUGAGAUUUCGGGUAGCCCUACUGAAAAAGCAAUCCUUUCAUGGUCCUUGUUUGAUUUGGGUAUGAACAUUGAUGAAGUGAAACAAGGCUGUGAGAUAAUUCAUGUAGAAACCUUCAAUUCGCAGAAAAAGAGAAGCGGUGUUUUGAUUAGGAGGAACAACGAAAAGGGUACUCAGACGCAUUGGAAAGGAGCUGCUGAGAUGAUACUCACAAUGUGCGCAAAUUAUUAUGAUGAAACUGGGGCGCUAAGAGUGAUGGAUGACGAAGAAAGAAAGCGUGUUGGAUCAACCAUUCAGAACAUGGCAUCAAAAAGCCUCCGGUGCCUUGCCUUUGCGCAUAGAAUGCUUGAAGACGAGAAUGAUCAGGUUCCUGAGAAGCUUGAAGAGAGUGGAAUGACACUUUUAGGUCUUGUGGGUAUAAAGGAUCCGUGCAGACCAGGAGUCAGAACAGCAGUAGACGGUUGCAGAGCUGCUGGAGUGAACGUUAAGAUGAUAACUGGCGACAAUCUGCAUACUGCAAGAGCUAUAGCGUUUGAGUGUGGGAUACUCAAAACACAUGAAAAUUUGGAGACUACUGAGUCUGUAGUAGAAGGGGUACAAUUCAGAGGUUACUCACCUGAAGAGAGGAUGGAAAGGAUCGAUAAGAUACGUGUGAUGGCAAGAUCCUCACCAUUUGACAAGCUUCUGAUGGUGCAAUGCUUGAAGCAGAAAGGCCAUGUGGUUGCGGUCACAGGAGAUGGCACGAAUGAUGCACCUGCGCUAAAAGAAGCAGACAUUGGGCUUUCAAUGGGAAUCCAAGGCACCGAAGUUGCAAAGGAGAGCUCGGAUAUCGUCAUCUUAGAUGACAACUUCGCAUCUGUUGUGACAGUUUUGAGAUGGGGAAGGUGUGUGUACAACAACAUUCAAAAGUUCCUCCAGUUCCAACUCACUGUCAACGUCGCUGCGCUUGUUAUCAACUUUGUUUCUGCUGUUUCUUCUGGUAAGGUUCCACUGACUGCAGUGCAGCUGCUGUGGUUGAAUCUCAUCAUGGACACCUUGGGGGCUUUAGCUUUGGCCACAGAAGAACCGACAAAUCAUCUCAUGGAAAAGAAGCCCGUGGGACGAACGGAACCACUCAUUACUAGAAUCAUGUGGAGAAACCUUAUCGCUCAGGCCUUGUAUCAAAUCACAAUCUUGCUAACCCUACAGUUUAAGGGAAGAUCCAUCUUUGGCGUGGACGAAAAGGUCAAGAACACCCUUAUUUUCAACACAUUUGUUUUCUGUCAAGUCUUCAACGAGUUCAAUGCAAGAAAACUUGAAAAGAAGAACAUAUUCGAGGGGUUACUCAAGAGCAAGCUGUUUUUGGCAAUAAUCGGUAUUACCAUAGUUCUUCAACUGCUAAUGGUGGAAUUUCUGAAGAAGUUUGCCAGCACCGAGAGGCUGGACUGGGGGCAAUGGGGUGCUUGCGUUGGAAUUGCAGCAUUGUCUUGGCCGAUUGGCUGGCUUGUUAAGGGCAUUCCAGUUUCUGGAUGGCAGGUUCCAAGGCUAAGAGCACCUGCAUUGUCAAACACAUAGAAAUAUUAAGUACUCAUAUAUACACCAGUAAUCUUUUUCAGGUCUUUUACAGUUCAAGUUUUAUGCUUGUAAAUAGUUUUUUUUUAAAGAUUUUCUCAAUCUAGGGUUCGGAAAUUUGAUUACU